CCGGGCUCUCCCCGCAGGAAGAAGAAGAAGGCGAAAGACAAGGCCCAGAUCCUGGAGCAGAUCGUGAGCAGCAAGAAGCAGGAGGAGGAGAAGAAGCGCGGCCUGGACAAGCGGACCCCGGCGCAAGUGGCCUACGAAAAGAUGCAGGAGAAGCGGCAAAUGGAGCGGAUCCUGAAGAAAGCGUCCAAAACCCACAAGCAGCGAGUGGAGGACUUCAACAGGCACUUGGAUACUCUGACUGAGCAUUACGACAUUCCCAAAGUCAGCUGGACUAAAUGACCGGGCUGCUUUUCACGGCUCUGGAGCUGGAGUUGUGUUUUGUUUGUAUCAAGCAGGGUUGCCAUGUAAAUCUGUCUUUUCUCCAUAUUGUCUACUACAUCUUCUGAGCUUUUAUGACUUUAUACUGUCCUAUUUUAUAGUCUUGUUUUUUAAAACCAAAUAUCCAGCAAUGUCUCCUCUGGGCUGAGGAGCUCUGGUUUACGUCAAUGCAGAGGGCUGGUUUUUUUUAGUGUUUAUAGUGAGAUUAAGGCCAAAACGAAUUGCUGUGAGCCAGAUGGAAAACAUUCGUUUAUUUCUUUGGUUCUAACAGUUCUCCCUUUUUGAAGUGAAGAGUCUCACAUUUAAGCUUCUCUUGUAAGUUAUGUGAAUUGUAUAAUUACUUUCUAUCAAGUUCUGUUAGAGGCCAUGUUGCAAAAUGUGAAAUAUGUAAAAUUGUCUUACGAAAGCAAUCGAUCUUUGUAUACUUUCAAGCCUAAUCAGCAAGAAGGGAGGUUUAAUGCAUGAAAUAGAGAGCAGCCAACAAGCUCUAAGUGAUGUCCAAGUUUUGAUAGCUGAUGUGGUGGAUUUCUGGAAUCCCACCGAGCACCCAGGCUUGUGCAACUCUGAAAUAAAUCGGCAGUUUGUCUCUCGAGCGUCUAA